GAUUUCGUCACCGCGGCUGGUUUGAACCUUCUCGUAACUGCAGACUUUUCUCACGUCUUCGCAGUGUCAAAAAAUAGACCAACUUUUGAGAACAUUCAAUAAUGGAAGAUUACCUGAAGAUUGAGAAAAUUGGGGAAGGUACGUAUGGUGUGGUAUAUAGGGGCCGGCACAAAACUACUGGUCAGGUGGUGGCUCUGAAGAAGAUUCGCCUGGAGAGUGAGGAGGAGGGUGUGCCUAGUACUGCUGUACGAGAGAUCUCGCUGCUCAAAGAGCUACAGCACCCCAAUGUUGUACGACUGUUGGACGUGUUGAUGCAGGAGUCCAAACUGUAUUUGGUUUUUGAAUUUCUGUCAAUGGAUCUGAAGAAAUACUUGGACUCCAUUCCCUCAGGCCAGUACAUGGACCCCAUGCUUGUCAAGAGUUACCUCUAUCAGAUCCUUGAGGGUAUUCUGUUCUGUCACUGUCGUCGAGUUCUACAUCGUGACCUGAAACCACAGAAUCUGCUAAUUGAUAACAAAGGGGUAAUAAAACUGGCUGAUUUUGGCUUGGCCCGUGCUUUUGGGGUGCCUGUCCGAGUUUACACACAUGAGGUUGUGACACUGUGGUACAGGGCCCCAGAGGUUUUACUGGGAGCUUCUCGUUAUUCUACUCCAGUAGAUGUUUGGAGUAUCGGCACUAUCUUCGCCGAGCUUGCCACCAAGAAGCCACUGUUCCACGGGGACUCAGAGAUUGACCAGCUCUUCCGUAUCUUCAGGGUUCUAGGUACCCCAAAUAAUGAGGUGUGGCCAGAUGUAGAGUCGCUACCUGAUUAUAAGAACACUUUCCCCAAGUGGAAGUCUGGCAGUCUGGGAAGCAUGGUUAAGAAUCUUGACAAGAAUGGCAUUGAUCUGCUUGGGAAAAUGCUCACCUAUGACCCCCUGAAGAGGAUUUCUGCACGACAGGCUAUGACUCACCCCUAUUUCGAUGAUUUGGAUAAGACCACGCUACCUGCCAGCAACCUCAAAAAAUAAACAUUAACCAAACAAGUGAGACCUAAGAUGGUGCUAUAUGCCAAGGCGACUAAAAUCAAAACAGUCAGGAUCACUCAUUCUGAGGAAUUCAGAAUUACAAACAUCGUUCCUGGUGCAACAAAUCUAUAUUUGAUCCGAAAGCUCUUUACUGCACUGAUGCAGACUUUACAAUCUGAUGAUAAUGAAAUCCUUUUCCUAAUGUAUGUUUUUGUUUGUGCUUUUGUAUGUGUUUUUCCUAUACUUAGUCUCUGAUUAAAUGGUCUAUAUGUUGGAUUUGAACCAGA